AUGGCGGCGGAUGAUGGAGUUAUACGCGAAGAGCUCUCACCAGAUACGGUUCUCAUUGCCGGAGGUGGUCCAGUUGGGCUGUUACUCGCGGCCGUCCUCUCGCGUUAUGGGGUAAGAUCCGUACUCGUCGAGCGGAAUAAAAGUACGACACAAUGGCCCAAAAUGGAUCUCACAAAUGCAAGAUCUAUGGAGAUCCUACGGCGACUUGGACUGGCGGAGGAACUACGAACGCACGGUGUACGAGCAGAUAUACCCCAGCCUGUACUUUUCUGCACGGGCCUGCCUGCUCCAAAGGCUUUGACCAGCUGGCAGCAUGAGAGUGUUGACCAAUUCCAAGCUCGUAUCAACAGCACCAACGACGGCACGUUACCACUUGAGCCAUGGCAGAGAGUGUCACAGGUUGUGUUUGAGGCUUGGCUCAAAGACCGAUGCGAACACGAUCCCUUGAUUGAGCUGCGAUACGGGUGGAAGGUAGAAGGGGUUAAGGAGAAUGUCGACCAGGUCGAAACAGUCAUUUCUAACGUAGAUACGGGUGUCACAUCAAUUAUUGUGUCCAAGUAUGUGGCGGGUUGCGACGGCGCCAACAGCCGCGUCCGGCAGUCCCUCAAAAUGCCCUUGGAUGGCGGACCCAUUCCAGCCUUCGUCCUGCUCGUCCACUUCAAGUCCAAGGAUCUCUCGCGGCUGCAUAAGCUGGGUCAAUUCUGGCACAUCUUCUUCUUCCAGCAGUCGGGGGAGUUUUCGGGCGCCAUCAUCGCCCAAGACGAAGUUGACACCUGGACGACUCACCUGUUCCUUCCCUUGGACGCGGACGAGUCCAAGAUCGACUCCCACGAAGCGAUCUAUGAAGCUUUGGGCGGCUCUCACGGACCAUACCCCAUCAAGGUCGAUAAAAUACUGGUACGCUCAACCUGGAGACCUAACAUUGCCGUGACUAGACAGUGGACGAGCCCAAUGCGUCGUGUGUUCCUGGCGGGAGAUUCGGCGCAUCAACUCAUCCCGACCGGCGGAUACGGUAUGAACACAGGGCUGGGCGACGCGUACGACCUGGGCUGGAAGCUGGCAUCUUCCAUCAAGGGCCAUGGCGGCUUGGGGCUGCUUGGCUCGUACGAGGCUGAAAGGCGACCUGUCGCACUCCGCAAUUCGGAACAUUCUGGCGUCCACAUGCAAACCCAUCAAUCAGUCAAACACUUGAUCAACGGGUUGGACAUUGCAACCCUCAAUUCUGACUCCGAAGAGGCUAUCGAGGCGCGUCGGAAGAUCCACGAGCACUAUCAGACAAACAAUGGAGAAAAUCUAGACUUGGGGAUCGAAAUGGGGUUUCGGUAUCGGUCAACAGUGAUCCUUACAGAGGGGGAUGACAUUAAAGAGCCAGAAUGGAGCCCUUCUCGCUACAUACCGACCACGUGGCCUGGGUCGCGACCGCCGCAUGUUUUUCUGAAGGAUGGAACCCCAAUCUUCGACCUGUUCCACCCCACGGACUGGACGCUGGUGACGUUUGGAGAGGGCUGCGAGGGGAUCGAGCACAUGCUCCAGUCUGCUCAGGAGUCCAACAUCCCUGUCAAGCAUCUCCACCUGGUGGGAGAGACUGUGGCGGAGAAAUUAUGGGAGCGCAAGAUGGUGCUCGUACGUCCUGACCAGCACGUUGCGUGGAGAGGAGACUCCGUUGCGUCGCUUGCCACAGCGCGUGACAUUGUGGCCACCACCACGGGCAAGAAGCAAAUUCAGACUGAAGCACCAAAUUCCAAAGACAGCAAAUUGCCCAAGCACGCGUUUACUGCGACCACUCAGCUCAUGACGCAGGUCGAUACCUUUGGUCUGGAAAAGAUGAGCGACUUUCAGCGAUGA